AUGCCGAAUAAUCGGGGCCCGAGUAAAGGAUGCCGACGAUGCAGGGAAUUAAAAGUCAAGGUAUCCUCUCAGUUCCUACCGGCACUCCAGAAAACAAUUCCUUCUAACAAAUCGGCACAGUGUGACGAGGGCAAGCCAUCAUGUCAAAGAUGUCAUAAAGGCUCUCGCGAUUGCGUUUACCAAGCUGAUUUCGACCGUCUUCACCGCGACCAAAAUUCAAAGGCGCAGUCCAAUGCAACAAAGAAGUGGCGGCAGCGCGCAGAAUUCAGAAUAGAAGUGCCGACUCAGGAAUACCCAAAUGAUUCACUGGCCCAACUAGCGUAUAAUCGCUUCUGCUAUGAUUUUAUGAGAUACCCCGGGGUGAUAGGCAAACUCCCCAAGAUCCUCGAAACUGCAGCCGAAGACUCGUGCAUUUUCACAGUCGUUAAAGCCCUUGCCCAUGCCAACUAUCACGGUCGCUACGGGUGUCAAGAAGCGAAUGAGGCAAGCAGAUUGCUAUACGGCGAGGCAUUGCAACAGCUUGCGAUGCUAAUGUCAGACCCCAAUGAGAUGCAACAGGACGAGGCUUUGAUGGUGAUAUUUCUCUUCAGCUUAUACGAGAUGUUCACGUCUUCUAAACGUGAUGGCUCGUGGAUAACGCACAUGCAAGGCACCCAAUCAGUUAUUGCCCAUAGGGAUAAUACCAGUCUGAAGGAUGCCUCCAGCUAUCUUUCAAUUUUAUGCUCUCAUCUGGUCGUUUAUUACUUGACAGAACGAAAAUGUCCACCACCGCAUCUCGAUCGUUGGAUCCAACAGAUUCCGUUUGAAUAUGAUCCCAAAAAACGUCUGAUCAUUUUGAUGUCCGAUUCCGCAAGAGUUUGCUCUAUACUCGGGACAUGUGGUGGCUUCGGAAGCUCUACCAAUCAAACGAACCUAGAUAUCCUCAACGAAACCCUCGAACUCGACCUAAGGCUAGAGGGAUGGACCGCAGAUCUGCCUCCAGAAUGGUCCGAUGUGACUCUCAACCUCGUCUCGCAUAUCAAACGUCCAAAUUGGUCGAAAAAUCUACUUUCAGGUCCCGGCGCUCCCGAGCGAAUGUACUCAUACCCGAACCGCAUGGCAGCGAGCAAAUGGAUCCUGUGCCGAGCAACUCGCAUUCGCCUGAAUAUCACACUUCUCGAAUUUUUGCACCAACGACCAUAUUUGAAGCCAGAAUAUUCCGGAUUGGAAGCCCGCACGAUUGAUCUGCUUAUAUCUUUGAGCACUGAGAUUUCCUAUUCACUACCUUACUUCCUGGCUCUCUCUUUUGAUGGUUCCUCUGAUUUUGCUUCGGCGACUGAUAUUCCCACUCUUUGGGGCUACAUGACUCUUUGGCCCGCAUACGUCAGCUCUCUAUGUCUACAUCAUAAAUUGGUCAAGAAAAUGGAUUCUCUGUCAAGGGGGACCUGGUUUCGAAGGAUGAUCGGCUUCUUACGCGAAUCUAUAGGUAUAGCGAAGGCUCAGAUUUUACUUAACGAGACUCUGACCCAAGAGAUGGAUUUAUACCCUUUUGUUGAACGGACUUAG